AUGAUGGAAAGUUUUGUUUGCAAAAAAGAAGAAGUAGAUGAUGUAGAGUGGGGAAGUUGCUCGAGGGUGGCUCUACUCCGGUACAAUGAUGAAAGCGAAAAGAACGGAAAGCGGAACGAGCAAAAUUUAUUAUCUGAAAAAGACCUUUUUGUGCUUAGUCCAAAAGCUAGUGAGUCGUAA